CCGGCCCGGAUGGUGAUGGUGGGUCCGGGCCCGGGCUCCCACCGCUGUCCCGGCCUCGGGCAGGGCCGUGUGGCUCCCGCUUCGGGGGAGGGACUUGCAGGGGGACAAGCCUGUUCUCCAAGCACUCCAGCAGCUCGGGAUCUUUUCACAGUUCCCGAGGACUUCAGCUGCACUUUGGCGCUGCCUUCCCCUUUCCCAGGACUGUCAAUGGCAGGAUACCAGCUCUGGUCACCAUGGACCCCACUGGAUGAGAGCUUCCAAUGGCUGCGGCACACAACACCUACCCCUUGCUCCAAACACCCUUUUAGGGCCUCUCCUUGCUUCCCACACACCCCUUCUGACCUUGAGGUGCAGUUGUGCUUUCAAGAAGUCACUCUCGUCCUAGACAGCCCACUUGUGGCACCUGGAGAGAGCCCCAGGUUACCCCGUCACACCUCAGAGCUCCGAGCAGUGACUAACAAGAAAGGACUUGUGAGGAAGCCCCAGCCAGUCCGUCUCAAGGGAGUAGAUUCUGUUUUCGGUAGGGUCAUCACAGCCCAGCCCCCCAAGUGGACUGGAACCUUCAGAGUUUCAGACAAAUCAGCCUUCUGCAAAAUUAUCAGCAGGGAACACCAGUGGCCCACUGGACUCAAGGAGCCUCAGAUCCAGAUGACAGUGACUAUGUGCAAACAGAUGCUCCGCUCCAUCCUCCUGCUCUACUCGACGUACAAGAAGUGCACCUUUGCCCUGCAGCACUCCAAGUAGAGGGUCUCCAUCUGACCCCUGUGCUCCACACCAUGCUCUCUGGUAUGUACCCAAAGCUUACACCAUAACAUCAUGCCAGCUGCUUCGCCUCUCAGUCAAGCUGGGACAAGUUUUCCUCCUCCCUUUCUCUUCAGAAACAGGACCAACCAAUGAUACUGAGCAAAGAAGAACAUUUCCACUAUACAGCUGAAUGGCCAUUCAGUCAGCCUAAUACUGACACACAGAUGUGAUAAUGAUUAAGCUACCAUACAAACAAGCCAGCCUAGUGUGAACACACUCAAAUGCCAAAGACAGCCAUGAACCGGCAAAGAAAAGGGAUGCCAAGAAAAGACAGGUGUGGAUGUCUGGGUAACAGAGGAAGAAGGGGUCGAAAAUCUGUAUGUGGUUUAAGGACUAACUUAAAAACAGCUGUCCCUCCUCAAACAAAUGUCAACAACAAGACAUAACUUUAAUACCAGUGUGGGUAAAAAUAAUAACAAAUAUUAAAUAAUCUUAAUAGCACGGCAAGGAAGAGCUUGACAGCAGCCUUGAGACUGGGUUUUCUGGCAGAAGACAGGAGAAUCCCCUGUUUUAGCUCCCGAUGUUCUGUUUCUAAUAAACUAUAAUUAUUUUGUAUGAUUCUUACAACUAGAUUCUAGGCAUAAUUCAGAAUAAUGUGGAAAUAAAUACUAUAUAUACAUACAAUGCCAA